AUGGUUUUUAUAGUGGAUCUGCUGAUGAUGCUCAUCCACUUAACCUACGCCAUCCUAACCGCCAUCAUACAGACUUUAUUCCGGCCGAGGCUGAAGUGCAUUGAUGGGGAGCUCUGCCUGAUAACAGGGGCCGGGGGCGCGCUGGGUCGGCUGUUCGCCCUGGAAUUUGCCAAAGAGGGAGCGCACCUCGUGCUGUGGGACUGCAACACGGCUGCCAACGAGCAGACCGCCAAGUUGGCGCGCGAGCUGGGCGUUCAGGUGCACGCGUACACAGUGGAUCUGUCCAAGCGUCAGAGCAUCUAUGAGAUCGCGGACAGGGUGAGAGUAGAGGUCGGGGAAGUCUCUAUACUGGUCAACAACGCAGGCGUGGUGGCUGGACGGAGGCUGCUGGACUGUCCUGACGAACUUUUGGAAAGGACUCUGCUGGUCAACUGCCACGCGCUGUUUUGGAUGACAAAGGCCUUCCUGCCUCAGAUGAAAGCAAAGAACCAUGGUCACAUUGUAACCAUCGCCAGUACUCUUGGGCUGUUCAGCACUGCAUGUGUAGAGGACUACUGUGCCAGUAAAUUUGGAGCUGUGGGUUUCCACGAGUCCCUGACGCACGAGUUGCGAGCAGAGGACCAGUAUGGCAUCAAAACCACUUUAGUCUGCCCUUAUAUUGUAGAUACGGGGAUGUUUGCAGGCUGUGAAAUCAGGAAGGAGCUCCGGAGUCUAAUUCCACCUCUGGAGCCCCUCUACACUGUGCAGCAGUCCAUGAAAGCCAUUUUAGGCGAACAGCAAAUGAUCUGCAUUCCUCGCCUCAUGUACAUCCCCCUUCUCACACGAGCAUUGCUGCCUUGGGACGCAAAUGUAGCAACAUACCGCUUCAUGGGAGGUGACAAAUGCAUGCUACCCUUCAUCAAGAAUGUUGAACUGAAUUCCUCCAACGGCCACAGCAAAUCCUCCUAAGACCUCUCUGUCACACUGUCUUACAAGCUUGUUAAAUUAUGGAAGAGUGCGGACACUAAAGGCUUAUACUGUGCAUUCUUAAUACAUGGAUUUGUCAUCUGAAGGGA